AUGAUCGCGGAGGAAGCGGCCGGGGAAGAGGAGAGGGAAGCUCGGCCAGAGUUGGAGCCGGAGCCGGAGCCGGAGCGAGAGGACCACCGGUUAACAGAAGCCGCCUUCCCCCCCGUACCGGCCGCCGGCAGCGCCCGGGAAUUCUCGGAAGAUCUUCAUUCCGACAAAGAGAAUGAGAGUCAGUGCAGCGAGGACAGCAGCUGCAGUGACUAUGGGAGCCACAACAGGCCCGGAACGACUUUGCAGAGGGUUGCGUCAGAUGGAAAAACUCUUCUUCCAGACACCUUCCAGACGAACAACCUCCUGUUAUAUGAGAGAUUCAAGACCUACCAGGAUUACAUGUUAGCUGACUGCAAAGCCUCGGAGGUGAAAGAAUUUACAGCGGAGUAUUUGGAAAAGGUCCUUGAACCCUCCGGAUGGCAAGCAAUCUGGUGCACUAAUGCGUUUGAAGUCUUAGUUGAGGUUGCCGACGUAGACUUUGCUUCCCUGAAAGCUGCGGUGCGGCUUUCCCAGCCUUUUCGGUGCAGGGUGCAGGAGGGGGGCUUCACCUCGGAGCAGGUGUGCGCUCUGUUGGAACGGAAGGAGUACCAGCUGCCUCUGCAGGAACUGUCCGUCGUGUUUGAGGAAUCGGGAGAAUUUGACCAGACGGCCCUUGCAAUGGAGCACGUCAGGUUUUUCUAUAAGCACAUUUGGCGGAGCUGGGAUGAAGAAGAUGAUGACGACUUUGACUACUUUGUCCGAUGCGUGGAGCCUCGCCUGCGUUUGUAUUAUGACAUCGUUGAAGACCGUGUCUCGCCAACUCUGGUGUCAGACUACCACAGCCACCUCUCUCAGUGCGAGGAGCUCUAUGGCAAGUUCCAAGUCCUCAGGAACAGCCACCUGGCCUGCGUUUCUGACUCCGAAAAGGACAACGUCUCCGUGGUGGAAGGGAUGAAACUCUACGACCAGAUCGAGCACUUGAAACAGAAGCUGAAAAUGAUUGAAAGCCUCCUGUUCAGAUACGUCUUUGGUUAUAAGAAGCACGCUAGCCUCAAAGCAAAAGGACUCCGUUCCUCUAACGCCACCAUCACCCACGUUGUCUGUUCUACAGUCCAGUCGAGUUUCUUGCAAUGCCUGUUCAGGGACAAACUUACUCCGGAACAUUUCAAUGAAGAAAUUGAAAUCCAGUUCCACAACGAUCCACAGUCUGCUUUGAAUGCUUGCUACGAAGGAGACAGAGUAAUAAUUUGUCCUGGCCAUUACAUUAUUGAAGGAGCAUUGUCUGUCGCUGAUUCUGUUACACUAGAAGGCUAUGGACUGCCGGAUGACAUCGUGAUAGAAAAGCAAGGGAAGGUACAUGCUUUCGUGGAAUGUGCCGGAAAGGAUGUGAAAAUUUCUAACCUGAAGCUUAUCCAACAUGAUGCGGUGAAAGGCAUUUUGAGUGUUCAUCAAGGAAGGACCACUCUGGAAAACUGUGUGUUGCAGUGUGAAACAACUGGAGUUGCCAUCUGGACAUCUGCCGAGUUCUUAAUGAAGAACUCUGACUUGUAUGGAUCUAAGAACUUUUUGGAUGACCAUUGUGAUGUUCCCAAGAUAACCAUGAAGAACAAUGUGAUACACAAUAAUGAAGGCUACGGUGUGGUGCUGGUGAAACCUAAAGAGGCUACUGAGAUCGCGCCAGAAAGCACGUCAGAGCAAACGAAAGAGAGCACGUCUGCUGACGGUGCCACCACUGAGAACUGUGAAGGUCUUCAUGAAUUGGGUAGCAGUGAAGUGGGCCUUUAUGGAAGAGACAAUGACGACGAUCACGGAGAAGGCAAUCUUCAGAUUUCAGAGGAGAUUUGGGCCGCCUUGCUGAAGAAGAACCAGCUGUGCCAAAAGAGACGGAGCCAGCUGGAUAUCCCAGAGGCAGACAGCCAGAUGUCUCAGGAGAUGUUCGUGUCCAUCAUGGGCAACCAGUUCCAGCGUAAUGGGAAGGGGUGUUUUGGAACUUUCCUUUACUGA